AUGUCGGAGCAAAAGAAACAUCCGUCAAUUGCGCAACGUGUUGUAAUCAAGUUUACCGCCGCAGGAGGCGUAAAACUGGCCGAAAUCUUGGAGAGAUUGACUGCCCAGUUCGAGGAAGAGACACUGUCGCGAGCCAGAGUGUUUGCAUGGCAUAAACAGUUUGUGGAGGGUCGUGAUCGUGUUGACAAUGAGAGCCGCUACCGUGGACCUCGCACCGGCAUUGCAGUGAACAACAUCAGCAGUGUUGGACGGCUUAUUGAAGAUAACAGACGUCGUACCACUUCUGAAAUUGCAAUUCAGGUCGGGAUAAGUUAUGGGAGUACUUACUCCAUUCUCACAGAUGAGCUAGGGUACCGAACAAGGGACCAAUUUCACACUCACAUUAUCACCUGUGAUGAAACAUGGGAGCACCACUACACCCCAGAGUGUAAACAAGCGAGUAUAGAGUGGAGAAAACAGGGAGAACCUGGACCAGUGAAAGCCAAGUCACGUUUGUCGGCUGGAAAG